AUUCCACUCGACUACGGAGGCGAUGAAAGUCUUCAGAAAAUACAGAAGAUGACCGCCCCAUCAAUAGAACGGUUUUUUCAAAGCGAGUGGCAGUUAACGUCAUCAGAUGUUCCCGAACGAAGAAGAAUGAUUGCUUUCGACAUUCCGCUUCCUGAUAUAUUGCCGUUACCUUCAAAAGAACAAGUAAGGGCCGGUCUUCUCCAUAUGCCACUGCCUGUUUCCCGUGCUUCUAACACAAAUUUCUGUGCGAAUACGAAAAUGAGUUUAGCAAUGCUUCGAGAGCAGAGUACAUCAACAUGGCUAUCUGUAACAGCUAAAGGAGUGAACCUGGCGAAGUUUAUUGAUUUUAGAGAUCCUGUGGAUUUGAGUGAAAAUUUUGAGCCAGUUUGUCCAGAACUGAAUGCACCGUCACCAUUGCUCACGUUGGAUCAUCUGCCAGCUUCUCAUCUUCGAAGCCAGUUUAUUUACUACAAACCGGAAAAAGCACUCACUGAUGUAUGGCCUUGA